UGGAUGGAGUUUGUUCGCCUUUUGAAAUGAGAUGAUUUCCAGGGUUUAGUUAGAUGAUCGGCUGACAGCUUCUCCUGAUGGAUCGAGGCUUUUCUAAUUGCUUUCUGUUGCGCACUGACUGCGUGGGGUGCGUUUCAUUUGGUUGUGAGUCUCGACAUGCUUCACUCACUGCCCCCUAUAAAUUGGAUUCCAACCGCGCGCAAAUGGCCACAGGAGCCUCUGCCCGUUCGGAUUGGCAAUUUCUGGGAUCUGGAUGUUGUUUUCGAUUCCUAUUUUCCUGGUAUUCCACCUGCAUUAACAGUUGAGACCCAGCGUGGGCAUUUUCUCCUGGCAUCUUUCUUUCUUUUGCCCUUUGUUGUUCCUUACAUCACUUGCGUCUUCCUGGCGUUGCGCCCCCUUAACCUACUACCGAUCGAGAUGUGAGACUAUCGAGAUCCUCUGUUUGCCCUUGAUUUCAUUUGUCAGCCAGUCUGAUGACUGCAAAGAUACCUGUGCUGAGUCAUAUGUUCAGUUCGUUUCAUUUUUUCCCUUA